AUGACCACCCACGUCACUCUAGAGGACGCCCUGUCCAACGUGGAUUUACUGGAGGAGCUGCCCCUGCCCGACCAGCAGCCAUGCAUCGAGCCGCCCCCUUCCUCCAUCAUGUACCAGGCUAAUUUUGACACAAACUUUGAAGACAGAAACGCCUUUGUGACCGGCAUAGCCAGGUACAUCGAGCAGGCGACGGUGCACUCCAGCAUGAACGAAAUGCUGGAGGAAGGCCACGAGUACGCCGUGAUGCUUUACACAUGGAGGAGCUGCUCACGAGCCAUCCCCCAGGUGAAAUGUAAUGAGCAGCCAAACCGAGUGGAGAUUUAUGAGAAGACAGUAGAAGUCCUGGAGCCAGAAGUCACCAAGCUUAUGAAGUUCAUGUAUUUUCAGCGCAAGGCCAUCGAGCGGUUCUGCAGCGAGGUGAAGCGCCUGUGCCACGCCGAGCGGAGGAAGGACUUUGUCUCUGAGGCCUACCUCCUCACGCUGGGCAAGUUCAUCAACAUGUUUGCUGUCCUGGACGAGCUGAAGAACAUGAAGUGCAGUGUCAAAAAUGACCACUCCGCCUACAAAAGAGCUGCCCAGUUUCUGCGGAAGAUGGCAGACCCCCAGUCUAUCCAGGAGUCCCAGAACCUCUCCAUGUUCCUGGCAAACCACAACCGCAUCACGCAGUGUCUGCACCAACAACUAGAGGUUAUCCCUGGCUACGAGGAAUUGCUUGCUGAUAUUGUCAACAUCUGUGUGGAUUACUAUGAAAACAAGAUGUAUCUCACGCCCAGUGAAAAACACAUGCUUUUAAAGGUGAUGGGUUUUGGCCUGUAUCUCAUGGAUGGGAACGUCAGCAACAUUUACAAACUGGACGCCAAGAAGAGAAUCAACCUUAGCAAAAUAGACAAAUUCUUCAAGCAGCUGCAGGUGGUUCCUUUAUUCGGCGAUAUGCAGAUAGAACUGGCCAGAUACAUUAAGACCAGUGCUCACUAUGAGGAGAACAAAUCCAAGUGGACGUGCACUCAGAGCAGCAUAAGUCCCCAGUACAACAUCUGCGAGCAGAUGGUGCAGAUCCGGGACGACCACAUCCGCUUCAUCUCGGAGCUCGCUCGCUACAGCAACAGCGAGGUCGUCACCGGCUCAGGGCUGGACAGCCAGAAGUCAGAUGAAGAGUACAGGGAGCUCUUCGAUCUCGCUUUAAGGGGACUGCAGCUGCUGUCCAAGUGGAGUGCUCAUGUCAUGGAAGUGUACUCUUGGAAGCUGGUUCAUCCCACAGAUAAGUUUUGCAACAAGGAUUGCCCAGGAACAGCAGAAGAGUAUGAAAGAGCCACCCGGUACAACUACACCAGUGAAGAGAAGUUUGCCUUUGUGGAGGUAAUUGCCAUGAUCAAAGGUCUGCAAGUGUUGAUGGGCCGGAUGGAGAGUGUCUUUAACCAAGCCAUCCGUAACACCAUUUAUGCAGCCCUGCAGGACUUUGCCCAGGUGACUCUGCGAGAGCCGCUCAGGCAGGCAGUCAGGAAGAAGAAGAACGUCCUGAUCAGUGUUCUUCAAGCAAUUCGGAAGACAAUCUGUGACUGGGAGGGAGGUCGUGAGCCACCAAACGAUCCUUGCCUGAGAGGUGAGAAGGAUCCUAAAGGUGGAUUUGAUAUUAAAGUCCCACGAAGAGCAGUAGGACCAUCAAGUACACAGCUCUACAUGGUGCGGACCAUGCUGGAGUCCCUCAUAGCAGACAAGAGUGGCUCAAAGAAGACUCUGAGGAGCAGCUUGGAUGGGCCGAUAGUCUUGGCCAUUGAGGAGUUCCACAAGCAGUCCUUCUUCUUCACCCACCUUCUCAACAUCAGUGAAGCGCUGCAGCAGUGCUGCGACCUGUCCCAGCUCUGGUUCCGGGAGUUCUUCCUGGAGCUGACCAUGGGCCGCCGCAUCCAGUUCCCCAUCGAAAUGUCCAUGCCUUGGAUCCUCACGGACCAUAUUCUGGAAACCAAAGAACCCUCCAUGAUGGAGUACGUACUAUACCCCUUGGACCUCUACAAUGACAGCGCAUACUAUGCCUUGACCAAGUUCAAAAAGCAGUUCCUGUAUGAUGAAAUUGAAGCUGAAGUGAAUUUGUGCUUUGAUCAAUUUGUGUACAAGCUGGCAGAUCAGAUCUUUGCCUAUUAUAAAGCAAUGGCUGGCAGUGUUUUAUUGGACAAACGUUUCCGGGCUGAGUGUAAGAAUUACGGGGUGAUCAUUCCAUACCCACCAUCCAACCGCUACGAGACACUGCUCAAGCAGAGGCACGUCCAGUUGCUGGGUAGGUCAAUUGACCUGAACAGGCUCAUAACCCAGCGUAUCUCAGCAGCGAUGUACAAAUCAUUAGACCAGGCCAUUAGCCGCUUCGAGAGUGAGGACCUGACAUCCAUAGUGGAGCUGGAGUGGCUGUUGGAAAUAAAUCGCCUGACUCACAGGUUGCUGUGCAAGCACAUGACAUUGGACAGCUUUGAUGCCAUGUUCCGGGAGGCCAACCACAACGUCUCCGCACCCUAUGGCCGCAUCACCCUCCAUGUCUUCUGGGAGCUCAACUUUGACUUUCUACCCAACUACUGCUACAAUGGAUCCACCAACAGGUUUGUGAGGACAGCAAUCCCCUUCACGCAGGAACCCCAGCGGGACAAACCAGCCAACGUUCAACCCUAUUACCUCUAUGGAUCCAAGCCUCUCAACAUUGCCUACAGUCACAUCUACAGCUCCUACCGCAAUUUCGUGGGGCCGCCUCAUUUCAAGACGAUCUGCAGGCUCCUUGGCUAUCAAGGGAUCGCAGUGGUCAUGGAGGAGCUGUUGAAGAUCGUCAAGAGCCUGCUGCAAGGCACCAUCCUGCAGUACGUGAAGACUCUGAUAGAAGUAAUGCCCAAGAUUUGCCGCUUGCCAAGACACGAAUACGGCUCUCCAGGCAUCCUGGAGUUUUUCCACCACCAGCUGAAGGACAUCAUUGAGUACGCAGAGCUGAAGACUGAUGUGUUCCAGAGCCUCAGAGAAGUGGGCAAUGCCAUUCUCUUCUGCCUCCUUAUUGAGCAGGCUUUGUCCCAGGAAGAAGUUUGUGAUUUGCUGCAUGCUGCUCCCUUCCAAAAUAUUUUGCCCAGGGUCUACAUCAAAGAAGGAGAACGCUUGGAGGUGCGCAUGAAGCGUCUCGAAGCCAAGUAUGCCCCACUUCACCUGGUUCCCUUAAUAGAGAGGCUGGGCACUCCGCAGCAAAUAGCUAUCGCCCGGGAAGGUGACUUGCUGACGAAGGAGCGGCUGUGCUGCGGGUUAUCCAUGUUCGAGGUGAUCCUGACGCGAAUUAGGAGCUACCUGCAGGACCCGAUCUGGCGCGGACCCCCCCCGACGAACGGGGUCAUGCAUGUGGACGAAUGCGUGGAGUUUCACCGCCUCUGGAGCGCGAUGCAGUUUGUGUACUGCAUCCCUGUGGGCACGAAUGAGUUCACUGCAGAGCAGUGCUUUGGAGAUGGUCUGAACUGGGCAGGUUGCUCGAUCAUUGUUCUCCUUGGACAACAACGGCGCUUUGACCUCUUUGACUUCUGCUACCACCUGCUGAAGGUGCAGAGGCAGGAUGGGAAGGAUGAAAUCAUAAAAAACGUGCCCUUGAAAAAGAUGGCCGACAGGAUCAGGAAGUAUCAGAUCCUGAACAACGAGAUUUUUGCCAUCCUGAACAAGUACAUGAAGUCGGUGGAAACAGACAGUUCCACGGUGGAGCACGUGCGCUGCUUCCAGCCCCCCAUCCACCAGUCGCUGGCCACCACCUGCUAGUGUGGACACUACCCCCAUGUGCAUUGGGAAGGGAGAAGAGACUGAGCCCAGAACAACUGGGAGGAUGAACUUGACGGCAUGCGACCUGGCAACAAAACAAGACUGGGUAUGCCUACGACACAAGGACGCAUCUUCCCAUCUGGCCCUGUUGAGUGCAUGUUCUUCUGUACCAUCCCUGUGACCCGUUUUACUUGUAGCUUUCAGACUUGGGGGCGGGUGGGAGCGGGCGGGCAAAAUGUGCUUUUCUUCCAUGAAGUGGUCUGUUUUUCCCUGUGAUUCGUCCAGUCUAACCCAAAACUCUGAAGCCAUAUUGCAGCCCCAGAGGUGGGACUCCUGUUGGAAGAGCUGCGUGUUUCCGCAGUGCUGGGAGCCCGCUCCCACCACAGAAGCAAUAGGGCAAAUCAACCCCACCUGUGACAUGUGCCACCAGCCAUGGGGCAGGAAGGUCUGAAGACAAACCCUGACUUGCUCUUUUGGGGAAAGAGGGGAUGAAGGCAGGAUUUUAUCCGUGGCAGCAGCCUGAGGACCAAGGAUCGGCACAGAGGGGCCGGGCCUGGCCAGCCUUGGUUUGCUUCAUGCCUCAGGCUGGGGCUAGCUGUGUGCUCUCUGUCAAGUUGUUGGCCUGUCUAGCAUCUGCUAAAGGGAGCUUUGGCAGUCAGGAUUCACAACAGUGAUGAAGUAGCUGUCAAAUAACUCCUUGGCACUUCAGAAAGCUGGAGGAAAUCGAAAACGGCCUGGCUUUUUCACUGCUAUGGGACAUCCACUUAUUUUAAUUCAAAGGUUCUCCCCUGAAGACACAUCUUCCAUAAAGUAAACAAGGACCAUGGAAGAGAUUGCAUUCACGUGAAUAUGCUUUUGUCCAUGCUAAUUUGGGUAAAAACAGUCACUGAUUCUGACAGCAGGCAGCUGUAGUUACCUCAAACAUACGUGAUCUUUGAUUCAGCUGAGGAUGAGAGCUAGAAUGUGUAUCACAGAAUGGCUUGGGUUGGAAGGGACCUUAAAGAUCAUCUAAUUCCAACUCCUCUGCCAUGGGCAGGGACACCUCCCACCAGACCAGGUUGCUCAAAGCCCCAUCCAGCCUGACCUUGAACACC